AUGUCGAUUUCUGCGUCCAAGGCAAAGAGAGAAGCAAAGAAGGCUGCCAAGUUAGCCGAAGGUAAGACCAAGAAGAAGUUAACAAAGAAGGAGAAGGAGAAGUUAGAAAAUCAAGAUGCUGGUGAGUCUGCUGCAGAAACAAUUGAAAAAUUGAAGCUUCAACAAGACAAAGACGGUCUAUCCGACAGAGUCACCACUGGUGUUCUUGACUCUUUAAUUACCUCGAGAGAUAUCAAAUUGUCUUCUGUCUCGCUAUUGUUCCACGGUAAAGUUUUAAUUCAAGAUUCUACUUUAGAAUUGAACUAUGGUAGAAGAUAUGGUUUAUUAGGUGAAAAUGGUUGUGGUAAGUCCACCUUCUUGAGGGCUUUGGCAGCUAGAGAAUACCCAAUUCCUGAAAAUUUGGAUGUCUAUCUACUUAAUGAACCCGCAGAGCCAACUGAAUAUUCUGCCUUAGAAUAUGUUGUUAGAGAAGCUGAAGCAACGUUGGCAAAAAUGGAGAAAGAAGUUGAAGAUAUCAUUGUCGAAGACGGCCCAGAAUCUCUAUUAUUAGAACCUUUAUAUGAAAGAAUUGAUGAAAUGGAUCCUUCCACUUUUGAAGCUAGAGCUGCUGUUAUUCUAACUGGUUUAGGUUUCAAUUCUAAGACUAUCUUGAAGAAAACCAAAGACAUGUCUGGUGGUUGGAGAAUGAGAGUUGCAUUAGCUAAGGCUUUGUUCGUCAAGCCAACCUUACUAUUGUUGGAUGACCCAACAGCUCAUUUGGAUUUGGAAGCUUGUGUCUGGUUGGAAGAAUACUUGAAAAAAUUCGAUAGAAUUUUGAUCUUAGUUUCCCAUUCUGAAGAUUUCUUAAAUGGUGUUUGUACUAAUAUGAUUGAUAUGAGAAUGAAACAAUUGCUCAUGUAUGGUGGUAAUUAUGAUGCAUAUGCUAAAACAAGGGCAGAACAAGAAACCAACCAAAUGAAACAAUAUCAAAAGCAACAAGAAGAAAUUGCUCAUAUUAAGAAAUUCAUUGCGUCCGCUGGUACUUAUGCAAAUUUGGUUAAACAAGCAAAGUCUAGACAAAAGAUCUUGGAUAAGAUGGAAGCUGAUGGUUUAAUCCAACCUGUUGUGCCUGAUAAAGUGUUCAACUUCUCAUUUUCUGAAGUUGAAAGAUUGCCACCACCAGUCUUAUCAUUUGAUGAUAUUUCAUUCUCUUACGACGAUAAUCCAGAAAACAAUUUGUAUGAAGAUCUAUCCUUUGGUGUUGAUAUGGACUCCAGAAUUGCUUUAGUUGGACCAAAUGGUGUGGGUAAAUCAACGUUAUUGAAAAUUAUGACUGGUGAUCUACAACCACAAAAGGGUAGAGUCUCUCGUCACACACAUAUCAAAUUAGGUGUCUAUUCUCAACAUUCUGCUGAUCAAUUAGAUUUGACUAUGUCACCAUUAGAAUUCGUUAGACAAAAGUAUUCACACAUCUCCCAAGAUUACCAAUAUUGGAGAGGCCAAUUGGGUAGAUUCGGUUUAACAGGUGAAGGACAAACUUCCCAAAUGGCUACUUUGUCCGAAGGUCAAAGAUCAAGAGUUGUUUUCGCUCUAUUGGCAUUAGAGAAGCCAAAUAUCUUAUUAUUGGAUGAACCUACUAACGGUUUGGAUAUUCCAACUAUUGAUUCUUUAGCAACCGCUAUCAAUAACUUCAAUGGUGGUGUUGUUGUUGUCUCCCAUGAUUUCAGAUUAUUGGAUAAAAUCGCAAAAGAUAUCUUUGUUGUGGAAAACAAAACAGCAACCAGAUGGGACUCUUCUAUUGCUGAAUAUAAAAAGAAAUUGGCAAAGAAUGUGGUCUUAUAA